AUUAGUUUAUUUCUGACUCUUGUGCAGUGCGUUUAUAGUGAAAAGUGAAAAAUAAAAAUGACUGGUCGUGGCAAAGGUGGAAAAGGAUUGGGAAAGGGUGGUGCUAAGCGUCAUCGUAAAGUAUUGCGUGAUAAUAUUCAAGGUAUCACGAAGCCCGCUAUCCGCCGUUUGGCUCGUCGUGGCGGUGUGAAGCGAAUUUCUGGUCUUAUCUAUGAGGAAACUCGUGGUGUCCUAAAGGUAUUUCUUGAAAAUGUAAUCCGCGAUGCAGUAACCUACACGGAACAUGCCAAAAGGAAGACAGUCACUGCGAUGGAUGUUGUAUACGCAUUGAAGAGACAGGGCCGCACUCUUUAUGGAUUCGGUGAAAUAAAAAUGACUGGUCGUGGCAAAGGUGGAAAAGGAUUGGGAAAGGGUGGUGCUAAGCGUCAUCGUAAAGUAUUGCGUGAUAAUAUUCAAGGUAUCACGAAGCCCGCUAUCCGCCGUUUGGCUCGUCGUGGCGGUGUGAAGCGAAUUUCUGGUCUUAUCUAUGAGGAAACUCGUGGUGUCCUAAAGGUAUUUCUUGAAAAUGUAAUCCGCGAUGCAGUAACCUACACGGAACAUGCCAAAAGGAAGACAGUCACUGCGAUGGAUGUUGUAUACGCAUUGAAGAGACAGGGCCGCACUCUUUAUGGAUUCGGUGGUUAAAAUAUUUAUAAACACCAAAAUGUAUUAACUACAAAUUAUGCCCUUCAAAAAAUCGGUCCUUUUCAGGACCA